AUGGCAAUCGUUCUGUCGGGAACCUACACACAUCACGUGAUCAACCACACAAGUCAAAUAUGUGGAGACCUUCUCUUUUCGAGAUCGACGUCAUCUUUAAGAGAAUGUGCCUUACUUUGCCUCCUUCAAAUGGUUUGCUACAUGUUUGAAUUCUCCGAGGUGACUAAUGAUUGUGACGUGUACACCGGAAUCGCCACUUUCAAUACUUUACCGUCUCAGUUUCCUGUACCACGUGUGGUGUACAAAGGUGAUACAAAUUGUCAACGAUCAGGAUACACGUUCGUCGAAGACGGGAAUCUUUGCAUCAAGAUAAUAGAGAAAAACAUGAUUUGGGAUAACGCCAGUCGGACAUGUGAACAGGAAGAUGGAAGAUUACUCGUGUUGACCUCGCCAGCAAAGAUUAACGGAGCACUCAAAUAUUUAACAAGUAACAACAGACGGUAUCUCUACAUUGGUCUGACGGAUGUUGUGAUGGAAGGAAAAUGGAAAUGGGUUGAUGGUACUCCAUUUGAUAUACAAAUGUGGUCAAAAGUAUCCUUUAAUAACUUCGAUGGGGAUUCCCCUGACAUGCACAGUGCAGAUUGUGCAGUACUUGGUGUGCCUGCUUUGUUUGAUGAACAUUGCAAUGAUCCUUAUAAAUUUAUUUGCGAGAGACCUCAGCUUGUGUAG